AUGGCGUCUGUUUGGGGGCUUGGGAGGCUUGGGAAAAGGAACAGCAGGAGAGUGAAGAUUUCAAAAAAAGGCAACCCAACGUCGAGGCCGUUUUUCACGCGGAUCUAUGGCAUUGCGACAGCGCUAGCCGUCACGCUGGCACUCCUUGGUGUCAUUAUAUUUCUCAAAAAGACCCUUCCUAAUGGCUCAACAUCAUCGUUUGCGCUACCCCCUACGCCCACGUUACAGGCACGGGAGGAUGAGGGCAGAUCAGACGGAGGACUGGACGCCCGAGCAGUCCUUACGGUCGGGGAGAGGCCUCCUCUGGAACCAGUGGCAACCAUCAAUUUCCCGAUCGACAAGUUGCUCGACGAGCUACUUUGCUGUGACGCCCACGCGGCCGCAGAUAUCGUCGUCCACAACCGCAACAUCUACCUCAACGACGAUAUCAUCAUCCUCGUCCUCUUCGAGCACUAUCUUCACCACGACUCGUCCCCCCAUGACAGCCACUACACCAAGUUCGGCCUCAAGAACCAUCCCCCCCGCUACUUCCAAGCCCGCAAACACAAACACAUGUCUCGGAAGCACGGUGUCUUGCACGACGAGCCAGAUCAUUGCCCGAGGAGGAAGGAGAGCCGAGCAGGUCUAUUGCAGCACCUCUUUUCACAGACUAGAGGCGUGCUUGACAACAUCGAUGACGCCAACGACGACGACUACUCCUCGAUCUGUCUCUCAGGUCACCAGCCAGAUUACUCCAAGCACCUCAGUCACUUCGACUUCGACAACCAUGACGGUAUCCAGCGCAACAUCUGCGUCGACAACCUCAAGUUUCCUUCCCUCGAACCUCCCAGCCAGUUCUACCAGUACAUCCAUCAUGACUUCAAUAACCUCUACACUCCUAUCAUCCUCCACAACGACAUCCGUCUCGUCAUCCCUAUCAUCCUCGUCGCCACAAACCCCGUCACAAUCAUCAACUGCGCCAACCUCACCAACGACCUCUUCAGAAUCCUCAACCCUGCCAUCCACGGACCCAUCGCCUUCUACCCCAUCAUCCACAGCUUCUUUGAGCUUGCCAUCCACAAUCUUAUCGUCCACAGGCCCGUCAUCCUCGGAAUCCUCGUCCUUGCCGCCCAUGACCUUAUCGCCUUCAACCUCACUAUCAUCAUCAUCCGCGACCUCGUUAUUCCAGCCACGUCCGACUUCGUCACCGUCUGUAUCAUCUCUGUCAUCACCUUUGUCGUCUUCCCUGUGGACGGCGUCGUCUUCAUCCUCUUCCGGCCAAAGCACGCCCUCAACGUCGGCUCCCGAGACUUCAUUGGCUUCAGAAACCACCUUGAGUCUGCAAGCACAGUCGACUGCCUCUGUGACGGGCUCUGCUUCCGGGGCGUUGAGUGGGAUGUCUGA